GUUACGAUUAAUACAAAUAAAUCUGAGAUAUUAGCACAUUAUAAAUUUAAAAUAAAUUUUGUUACAAAAACUUUCAAUUCAACAUGGCUGAUGAAAGACCUUCCUUAACACGCAGCGAACGCUUGGCCGCUGUCGAUGUCAAUGAUCUGCUGCCCAAAUGCAUUGUGAAGCGCACGGUUACCAAAAAGGACUUUGUGGAUCACAUGCAUGAUGGUAUCAGUCACAAGCCAAAGAAGAUAUUUCGCUAUCAAACCGAUCCUGCGCUAAUCUCUGGCCAUUAUGCCAACAAUCUCAAGGUGAAUAACAAUGAGAUCAAGACACGCACCUGGCCAUAUGCCAUGGAUUGGCGCGAGGAUUAUCGUCAGUUCUUGAGGCGGACCAAGUGGUGCAACGAAGAGAUUUACAAGCUCUUUUUUGAGUGUCCUCCAGUGCGCUACGAUCAAGUUGAAGCUUACUUGAAGGACUUGCGUAAAACUAUUUACUGGUCGGAUUAUUCACCUGAUGAAUACGUUUCGCUGAUUAGUCAGAAAACUAUUAAACCUAGCGACUCUGCUGACAGCAAAACGCAAUCGAAGGAUAUUCAAACGACUUAUGGCAAUUAUUACAAUCGUCUGCAAGAAUUGGGCGAUAAUUUUUACAAACAGAAACCAAUUCCCAAGGAUAUGUCGUUGGACGAAUUUCGUGAGAAUAUGCGCAAGCUGUUUCGCAAAUAUGAUUUGAGCACGUACUUUGAGGAAGUGUGUGUGCCAGCUCUAGUUACUGCCAAGGAUGGCAAGAUGCCUGCAGGACCCAUUGAUCGUUAUACAUUGCGUAGAUAUUAGAAACUUACACGUGUUCCCAUUCGUGAAAUAGCGGCAGGAUGCGAUUAGAUCGUGCAAUUGGCACAAAAAUCAUGGCGUACUUCAAAUAAACAUUUGUGUCCUGCAAAGCAGUAAAGUACAUUAGUAAAGCAAAUUGUUAAAA